AUUUCCAACCCAGAAUCACAAGCCUUAGAUCUCAAAGCCUCUCUCAACUAAAUCUUCAAAGUUUUCGGUCAGCUUUAGAGUACUGUCUCUUCUUCUCGUUGUUUCGUCACAACAAUGGAGGGUAAUUGUUUCAGAAAAAGAUCAGUUCUCUUUGUUACACUAUUGCUUGCCAUAGCUGCUAGCUUGGUGGAAGGCCAGGGCACGCGAGUUGGAUUCUACUCAAGUACAUGUCCUCGAGCUGAGUCCAUUGUAAGGUCGACGGUUCAAUCUCAUUUCAGGUCUGAUCCCACUGUUGCUCCUGGAUUGCUCCGUAUGCACUUCCAUGACUGCUUUGUACAGGGAUGUGAUGCUUCCAUCCUUAUUGAUGGGCCUAAUACUGAGAAAACCGCCCCACCUAACCUUUUGUUGAGAGGAUACGAAGUCAUUGAUGACGCCAAGACUCAGCUGGAAGCUGCCUGUCCCGGAGUUGUUUCAUGUGCCGAUAUUCUAGCCCUUGCUGCUCGUGAUUCUGUAGUUCUGACCAGUGGAGCUAGCUGGGCAGUGCCUACAGGGCGCCGAGAUGGAAUUGUUUCACAGGCAUCUGAUACUGUCAAUUUGCCAGGGUUUCGUGACUCCGUAGAUGUGCAAAAGCAAAAAUUUGCAGCAAAGGGUCUCAACACUCAAGAUCUUGUCGCCCUUGUUGGAGGACACACUAUUGGUACUACAGCCUGCCAAUUCUUUAGAUACAGGCUUUACAACUUCACUACAACCGGAAAUGGAGCUGAUUCUUCCAUCAGUGCUGCAUUUGUUUCCCAGCUUCAAGCGCUUUGUCCACAGAACGGUGAUGGAUCACGCAGGAUUGGGCUGGACACCGGCAGCGCUAACAGAUUUGACAAUUCUUUCUUCGCGAACUUGAGGGAUGGCAAGGGAAUACUGGAGUCUGAUCAAAAAUUAUGGACUGACUCUUCCACCAGGACACUCGUCCAACGUUUCUUGGGCAUCAGAGGCUUACUUGGAUUGACCUUCAACGUUGAAUUUGGAAGGUCCAUGGUGAAGAUGAGCAACAUCGAAGUGAAGACAGGAACUGUCGGUGAAAUCCGCAAAGUUUGUUCUAAAGUUAAUUAAUACGUACGGAUAUAUACCCAAGUGGCUGAUCAAAGUGAAGCUCUUGAGUUUAAUUCCCUCUCAUCCUUUUUUUCCCCAAAAACCAAUCAUUUAGGAUAAGAUUUGUGUUCUCUCUAUAGUUAAGUUUUCACUGUCUGAAUUAUAUAUAUCAAGUGAGACUGUUUAAACCA